UUUAGUUUCACCGGCUUCAAUGAUCUCAGUACAUGUUCUGCUAUGGCUUAUUCAGUUACUGUCUAAGGUCAACUUUGAAUAUCGUGAUCAAUAAAAUAAUUAUCACUGUAGUUACAUAAAAUAUACAUCUUGCAGCAGUUUUAAUGCAACAAACAUAAGAAUAAAGUUUCAGUGAUAAGUAAAAAAUUGAAUGUUAUAUAAAUAUCUUCUUUAUUCUUUGGAUUAUCUACACGAGGGAAUGGAGAUUGCGAAGGAACUUGUAUUAACUCUCAAGCAAAAUAAUAAGUCGCAUGUUGGAUAUGGAUUGCAAAAGGAGUGCGAAGCUCUUGUUGGGCACAUUUUACAAAAUAUGGUCAGAUCCCAGAUGCCUCCUCUGCACGCUGUAACGAAAAAUAAGGAAGAUUCUAUUAGAUUCAAAGAAGAAGGUAAUCAACACUUUGUGAUGGGUGACGAUCUGGAAGCUAUUGAGUGUUACACUCUGAGCUUGGCAUAUGCCGAUAGCGAUGAACUUAUGGCAUACGCACAUGCAAACCGAUCCGCUGCUUUAUAUAGGAAACAAUUGUAUAAGGAAUGCCUGAUAGAUAUUGACGCGGCUUUGUCUCACGGAUAUCCAAAAGAGAAACAGAAAAACUUGAAGGACAGAGGGGAUAAAGCGAUAAUGGAGAUAAAAAAGUUGCUGCGACUAGACUCGAAGGAUCUUGAUGAUCAGAGAAUCGCGAAUGAAUCAUAUUUAUACGACAGUAUCGAGAGGCCUGUUACAGAAGACAUUGAACACGUAGAGAACAGGGCAAUGAUGAUAAACGAUCAAGGGAUUCCGCAGAAACAAGGCACGGCAACUAAUGAGAGUUAUCUUCGUUAUGCAACGAAGAUCCCUCCGCGGAAACCGAGAUAUUUGCAAGAAGAGAACUUCUCUAAGUUAAUAAACGGCCCAAGCCGAGAAGUUCCCGCUGUUAGUGAUGGUGUCACGAUAUCCUUCUCUGAGAGAUAUGGCAGACACUACAUAGCGACACGGGAAUUUAAACCUGGUGAUAUAGUCAGCAUCGAAGAUCCGUAUGCACACGUUAUCUAUGAAGAACGGUAUUAUACACAUUGCCACUAUUGUCUAGCCAGAAGCUACAAUCUAAUACCGUGCUCAGAAUGCCCGAUAGCUCAGUAUUGCUCUGAGAAUUGCAGGAAGCUGGCGUGGGAAGCGUGUCAUAAAACGGAAUGUCCAAUUCUAAAGUUGUUGACGAACUUGCUCAAUGUUGACAAAGAUAAAAUAAGAAUGAUUUCGAAGAUCAUUCGAUUACUGAUUGUAGUGACCGAGAAUGGAACUAGAAUUAAAGAACUGCAGCAAGAUAUGAAAAUUGCAGAAUCUAAUUCAGACAAUAGAACGGCAGGAUUUACAGAUACUGAGAUAUUAGACAGUUUUAGUGCCCGGUCCGCACUGAGCCUGGCGACUAACAUGACUACGAGACCGCUGAUCGGGAUCAGCGCAUUCGCCUGCAUCUCGGCCCUUGCGGUAAUCCUCUUAGCUACGCAAACAAAAUUUUUUCCUAAGAAAUAUGAGAUUGACGAUUUGAAGGAUAUCAGCGAAUUUUCCGAGCUCAAAUUUUGCGCCAGUAUAAUGUUUCGUGCUUGUGUAAUAAUGUCUUCUAACUGUUUUUCAAUACAACAAGAACCAGGAAUUGUGUCGGGUUCGGGAUUAUAUGUGGCUCACAGUCUAUAUAAUCAUUCUUGCGCACCAAAUACUUUUCGACAUUUCGAGGGACUGAGCAUGAUCACGCGUGCCUCAACACCUAUACAUCCCGGAGAUCAAAUAUUCACGAGCUACGGCGGUGUUUACUCGCAUAUGCCACGAUCCGAGAGGAAGCAAAAGAUACUGCAAGAUUAUUUUCUCGAUUGUGAUUGCCCAGCGUGCAAGAAUGACUGGCCGACGUAUAAUGAGAUCCUGCGAGAUCAUAUUGGAUCUAUCUCCAAGAAUAAGCAACUCGUGGAAAAACUGACACCUUUCAGGGAGAGAUUACUCGCAAAUAUGUACGAUAUCGAGGCGGUGAAGGCCGUUCUAGAUAUACUAUACAAGGAAGUUAAUAAACAUCCAUGUGAAGAAAUACUCCACGCGGAGCAGUAUUUAAAGAGCUAUUAUUUGGAUCCAUGAACUGUCAAGAAAUAUUAAUGGUAAGAUGACAACAUAUUGUUCGAAGAAAUAUUCUUUUCUUCAGAAUAUUAUAAUAUCUAAACGUUAAUUUAUUAUUAAUGAGACAAUUUGCAUCACGAUCGUAUGUGAAAUAUGCACAAAAGAAAAUUCAAAGUAAAUUUUUUUCGAUAAACGUAUAAAACUUUGUUAAACUAUUAUAAACAUUGAAUGUUUAGAUAAAACAGAUCUACCUUAUUUAUAUUUACCUGUAAAAUAUUACGAUAUCCUAUCAUAAAUCAUUGGUUGUCAGGAAGGAAUUAUAUCAAGGAAAGCCAAAAAACGAUCUAGGAAAAUAAACAAUAUAACACGAUUUGAAAUAGAAAAUACAUUAAUAAUUACUUAUAUAUUUCAUCGUAAUAGGCAUUCAAUAUGACAUGUUACAAUCGGUAUUUAACAGUGUCGGAUAGGAAAAAGUUUUAGGGGCAGUGUUUCAAUUUCUUAUUCUGUGUGUACACUAUACAUUACUUUAUCAAAGUAAAAAAUAAUUUACAAUGCGCGUAUCUCAGCAAGCUCGGCGUCGAUUCGAUAAAAUGAAGUAUCGUUAAUAGUAUUUUACACUUAGCGAUUAAAAAUUAAAAUUCAUUUCAACACCGUAGAUAUACUUUUUUAGCUUUUCAAGCAUGGGACACACACAUGUGCGAAACAUGGCAAUACAUUAUGCUUCAAAGAUUAAAAUGUACUCAAUAUAGAUUUGUCAAUAAAAUUGCAAAAAAGUUUUAGAGGACGUUAAAAACUUACCUAUAUAGAUUAAAACUUAUCGCACUAAAAGGAUAAUGUUACCGCCAAUAUAUAUUUAGAGUUAAGAUUAUUAUCAAUUCAAAUUUUGAUCACGUGUAUUAUUUAUAUAUAUAAAGAAAACAAAUUAAUGCGAUCAAAAAUGAUCAAUAAAAUGAUAAAAAACAAUCGUGUAAAAAUGUGACAAGAAGGGCACAUUUCCAUCAGUCUGUUGCAUUUGGGAUUCAUUUUCAUUCAACAUCUUAAGAGAUUAUCGGCGCAUGUGUGUGAUUAACAAAAACUGCAGUUUCCGGAAUAUAAAUUAUUCCCAUGACAAUCCUACUUGAGAUCAAAAUUAUAUAAUAUAAUUGGUACUCCUGCAAAAAGACAAGCUACGAAAUAUAUCAAUUUGCUGCGAAAAAAGCUAUAUUGUAUAUAUAUGUAGUAUGUUUUUAAAAAUUGAUAAAGUAUCAAGAAACGCAUUUUGCAAUAGUAUCAUUAAAGACUAUUCAUGCGACUAUUACGUUCUAGAAAAAGACUGCGGAUAAAUGCAACAAUAAAAUAACUAUGUCAAUAUUAUGUAGUACGUUAAGCGUUCCCGAAUAUUCGAGGAAUCCCUCGAACGUACGGUGACACACUCUUCGGUAACGCGAAGAGAGAGGAAACUUAACGAUUAAGCAACAUUGAUAAAAAAUAUACUUUUCAACGCGUUCUCCCUACAUCAUGGCCAUCGACAGGUUUUACCCUUCGAUUAAAGCCACGCUUAAUCUCCUCGCUUGUUCGUCAAAUAUAUAACUCUACUUAAGUAGCUACAUUUUUUUGAUGUUCAAAGCAUCUCUAUCGCAUUAUACUUUUGCGAAAAACUAUAACAAGACGCUUAAAACGUUUCAAAUACUGCGGAUACUGCGGAUGUGUCGCAUGUCUUCAAUAAUUAAAAAAAUAUAAAAUAACAGUAGAUUUAAGGCUGCCACAAUUCAUGGUUUGUGAUGUGUUUCAUCAUUCUCCCUAUCUCUCAGUAAACUAUAAUCCUUUUUAAAACUCUACGAUUAUACUGAUUAUGUAACAUGCACCAGAGUUCAUUAUUAAAUUAAUGAACAAGUUAAAAUCGGCCAUGCAAAACGGUAGGUUAAUCCUCGUGAUAAAAAUCGUUUAAAUUUAUUCUAAAAUUAUAUUUUUUGAUACGAUAUUCUU